AUGGAUACUUACAACCCAAUCCACAGCGUCAGCAGCAGCAGCAGCAGCAGCAGCAGCAGCAGCAGCAGCAGCAGCUUCAACAGCGGCAGCAGCAGCAGCAGCAGCAACCUGUGGCGCUCCGGCGCCCUCCCCGGCCCGCCCCCGCCGCCCGCCGCCGCGCCGCUGCCGCCGUCGCAGCAGUCUGCGAGCCUGAGGGUCCUGCAGACCCACAUCGACGAGCUGACCUCAGAGAAGCUGGAGCUGAUGCGCGGCCUGCAGCAGCAGGCCAAGCUGGCGGAGGGCAUGGCGGACGAGAUGCGGGCGCUCGAGGAGCGGAACGCGGGGCUGCUGGCGGCGCUGGAGGAGGAGCGGAAGGCGGGCAGGCAGCAGGCUGCGGAGGCGGGGGCUGCGGCGGCGGCGCUGCACCGGUUGGCACAGGAGCGCGACGCAUACAAGGUGGCGGCGCAGGAGGCUGCUGACCGCGCACAGUCCAUGGCCGCCGAAAACGUGGAGUUUGAAAACAGCCUCCUGGAGUCCAAGUCCGCCCGCCUCAAAGCGGAGAAGGCCGCGGCAGCCGCAACCUCAAAGCUGUCGAAGCUCGAGUCCCGCCUGCAGGCUGCAGAGGACGACGCCGCCCGCGCGCGCCGCGAGGCCGCGGCCGAGCGCGAGGCGGCCGAGGCAUUGGUCGCGGAGCGGCGGCUGCUGGUCGCGCGCGCGCUGCAGGCGGAGGCACGCGUUCCGAUCGCCGUGGGCGCAGCCGCGGGUGGUGGCGACGGCGGCGCGGCGGGCGUCCUCAGCGCGCUGGGCCCUGGGGAGGACGAGCGGCGGCUGGUGGAGAGCAUCCACGCGCUGCUGGAGGACUUGGAGGGCAGCUGGGCCGGGCUGGCGACGGACCUGUCUCAUGCGCGGGCGCUCAACCGUGAUCUGGAGGAUGAGAACGCCGAUCUGCAGGAGCAGAUCAGGCGCAUCACCAAGGCGGCCGCAGCAGCUGGCCUGCGGCUACCAGAGCCGGCGUCGGCAGACCCGCAGCAAGGUCAGGACGUGGGGGACAGGCCGCAGCAGCAACAGCAGCAGCAAGAGCAGCAGCAGCAGCAGCUCGCACAGUUCGCCAACGGCUUGCCGCAGACUCCGGUGCAGCAGCGGCGACCAGAGGGCACGACGGCGCAGCAGGAGGCGCUGCUGCUGCUGCCCGGCGGCAUCACGCCGGGCGUUUAG